UCCAUUAGUGUUAUUGCAUGACUCGAAAGUAUUGUAAAAGUUAUCGUUUAAUUCCAGACAUCAUGACCCAUGAGUAAAAUUAGAAUAUGUAUCUCUUGAUUCCCUUUCUUAUUCGGCUUCAGUUUUUUAAUUAGUUUUGUUUUUUAUAAUCAUAAGGUGGAUAUCAUUAUGAUAUUCCUCUUCUUAUAAACCAGGCGUGCACCGAUGUGACGUUGGCGACUAUUAUAUACAUUGAGAAAGAAUAUAAUUGAUUUUUGAAUGCUUGCAAUAAGUGUAAGAGGAAGGCAAAGCCUGAUGGGGGCAAAUUUAGGUGUGACUAUUGUCAUGAAUAUGUGAAGGUGGUUGUGCCAAGAGCUGGAAAUCUGGUUGAUCAAACUGUGGCUGGGGAAUCGGCUGAAGUAACUUCUUCUGCUGGACACGUACAAUUAGCGGACUUGCAGAGAAUAUAAAGAGGCAUCCAGUCACCAGCUGCUGUUGAGGACCCUGAUGCAGGUCUAGGAUUAGGGGAUAUUUUGACACCUGAUUUGGUUUCUCCACUGAUUAAAAAGUUACAAGUUCAGAAGACUGGUGUCAUACUUACCUGAGGUGAGUGCUAUUUUCUUAAAUCUAUUGUGAAUGUUAUAACGGUUGAUGCUCCAGUUCUAUAACGAUGUUGUGUAAUGAUUAGGGCCCUUGGACUCCCCAAAUUAUCACAGAAUUAUUAUUUUCAACUGGUCAUUUUUCAGUUGUCAUACUUGAAUUCGUUGUACUAAGUGAAGCUGAACGCUUUCCCCAAGUCUCAAAUUGCUUCUAUAUAGAAUAAAUGUUUCCAAGCACCAUCAAAAUAGGAUGAUCUCACAAUUGAUUAUGAAGACUGUAAUGUGAUAUGAAAGCACCAUCAAAAUAUAGAUCGAGGAAGCUCGCCAGGAACGUCGUCGUCCUCGCCGGAAUCGUCGAGCAUGUUUCCUUGGAUCUGGACAACCUGACCGGACUGUUGAGUGCAAAGAUAUGAGUGGCAUGUAUAGGAUAAUUUAUGUUUGUCCUGAGACGGUAUUAAGACUUACAGAACCACUUACAAGGCUUGCAGAAAGUCAUGGGAUUGCACUCUUUGCCAUCGAUGAGGUUCACUGCGUUUCAAAGUGGGGCCAUGAUUUUCGACCUGAUUACAGGCAAUUGUCCAUACUUAGAAAGAACUUCAGCUCUUGCAAUUUAAAAUUCUUGAAGUUUGACAUCCCAUUGAUGGCCCUGACGGCUACAGCGACGAUUCCAGUUCGUGAGGACAUUAUCAAGUCUCUGCACAUGUCAGAGGAAACAAAAAUUGUCUUGACAUCUUUCUUUCGACCGAACGUACGAUUUUCAGGCUCGCUAUCGGUCACUUGUGACAAUGAAGUUGGAAUUUGUUCCUCGGAUAACAUUACUCCUUGCAAAAGAAAUUUGUUGGAAUCUGAUAUCGAGCACUCAGUUUCAGUAGACUUGAUUUCUCCGCAAAUGUCUAGCAACAAAAAGCAAAAAAAGUUCAAGAUUGAAAGAGAGAAUUAUAAUAUUCUACGAGACUUCAAGCUACUUUUUUAUAAAUCUCUAUCUGAUUCAUGAUGUCUGAAAUUUAUAUUUAGUAUUCUGGUCUAAAACCUUAUUCACUAAACUUUUGUAUGCACUACAUAUUUUUUGGUGGUUUUGUGUUGAGAAACCUAACUACUUGAUAUGAUUGUGAUGGAUAUUUUGUUUAUCAAUCUAUUGAUAAUUAUUGCAUUGAUUCAUAGAUA